CCGAAGAGAAUCAAUCAUUCUCACAGUCCCGAAGUAAACAAACUUAACAAUCUUUUAAAAAAAAAAGAAAGAAAGAAACCAGCAAUGGCGGAGUCCCAACCGAAAUCCCUCACCGCAAGCCUCCUCCCGUCAUACGCCUCGGCCACGUCCUCCGACGAGGAGCACGCCUACGACUCCGACGAGAAAGUCCUCAUCUCAAUCUCCGACGACGACGACGAAGAACAAAACCCACGAUCAUCGUCAUCAGAUUCGACCUCGACUCCCCCCUUCUCCUUCCGCAAGCUCUGGCGCUUCACCGGCCCGGGAUUUCUCAUGUGCAUCGCCUUCCUGGACCCCGGGAACCUCGAAGGCGAUCUCCAGGCCGGCGCCAUCGCGGGCUACUCCCUGCUCUGGCUCCUUCUGUGGGCCACGGUUAUGGGCCUCCUGAUCCAGCUCUUGUCGGCGAGGCUGGGGGUGGCGACGGGGAGACACCUGGCGGAGUUGUGUAGGGAGGAGUAUCCGAGGUGGGCCAGCGUGGCUCUGUGGGCCAUGGCGGAGAUGGCGCUUAUCGGGGCGGAUAUCCAGGAGGUCAUUGGGAGUGCGAUUGCCAUCAAGAUUUUGAGCGGUGGAGUUGUGCCUCUUUGGUUGGGGGUCAUUAUCACGGCCUUUGACUGCUUCAUUUUCCUGUUCCUUGAGAACUAUGGAGUGAGGAAGUUGGAAGCUUUCUUCGGUGUUCUCAUUGCUACAAUGGCUAUUUCUUUUGCCAUAAUGUUUGGCGAAACCAAACCCAGCGGCCGAGAGCUUCUCAUCGGUGUUGUGGUUCCUAAACUAGGUUCAAGAACCAUAAAGCAAGCUGUAGGCGUUGUGGGUUGUCUCAUCAUGCCACACAAUGUUUUCUUGCACUCCGCCCUUGUACAAUCAAGGAAGAUCGAUCCCACCAAGAAGGGCCGAGUUCAAGAAGCUCUCAACUAUUACGCCAUUGAAUCUGCCGCUGCCCUUUUCGUUUCCUUCAUAAUCAAUGUCUUGGUAACAACAGUUUUUGCAAAGGGUUUCUAUGGUUCUGAAGUAGCAAACACUAUAGGCCUUGAGAACGCAGGGCAGUUUCUUCAAGAGAAGUAUGGAGCUAUGUUAUUCCCUAUUCUCUAUAUCUGGGGUCUUGGUUUGUUAGCAUCAGGGCAGAGUAGCACAAUUACCGGCACUUAUGCUGGCCAAUUUAUAAUGGGAGGGUUUCUUAAUCUUCGUUUGAAGAAAUGGGUUCGAGCUUUGAUUACUAGAAGCUUUGCGAUAGUUCCGACUAUAAUUGUUGCACUAGCUUUCGAUACGUCUGGACCUACAAUGGAUAUACUGAAUGAGUCACUUAACGUGCUUCAGUCAGUUCAGGUUCCAUUUGCACUUAUCCCACUUCUCACCUUAGUAUCCAAGGAAGAAAUCAUGGGAGUUUUCAAGAUUUCUUAUGGUGUGAAAAUUCUUACCUGGAUAAUUGCAGCAUUCCUGAUAGGCAUCAACGGUUACCUCCUCCUAGAAUUCUUCUCUUCUUCAAUACAUGGCCUAGUGCUAGGUUCAAUUGUUUGUGCUGGCUUAGCGGUUUAUUUGGCUUUUGUGCUUUACCUUAUCUUGUACGGCUCUUCUGUAUCUGCUCGCCUUAGAAAAGCAUUGAGCAGAGGCAACUAAAAAAAGAUGAGUUAGAGCCCUUUUAGCAUAUUCAGACGAAGAGAGAGAACUUUGUUAAGAAGCUGAGACUGCUGUAUUUUGAUGGAGUUCCAGCUUCUACAUGCUUUGCUUCAUCAAUCAUGAGUUAGAGCCCUUUUGCCGACAACGUGGACUUAGGUUGCUGGUAUUCAUUUGUAUAGCAAGUUGUGUAAGACAGAGGAAAGAAAACUUUUGUAUGAUGCAAGGAUGAUUGAACUGAACCAUGCUUGUUGGAGAGAAUCUAUCAAAUAUUUCCCUCUUUCCGGUUAA